AUGGAAAUGAGUCAGCAUGAUAUCAAGUACAUCCCGAGAACAACAAUCAAAGAUCAGGCCUUGGCAGAUUUCAUAUCAGAAUUUUCCUAUCAGCCGGAAGGGGAACUAAGCCUGCUAAAGGCAAAUACCUUGGAAGAAGUCAAGCAGCAUAAGCCAAAGCUCGAUGAACUAUGGCAUUGGACUCUAUAUGUGGAUGACUCCUCGAAUGAGAAGGGGGCAGGAGUAGGGCUCUUGCUCAAAAUUCCAGAGGGAAACCCAAUCACAGCCAUAAUAAGAUUUGAGUUCGCCGCCUCCAACAACGAGGCUGAGUACGAGGCAUUGCUCGCAAGGAUCCGCCUUGCCAAAGAAAUGGGGGCAAAGUCCAUUAAAAUUUACAGUGAUUCCCAGCUCAUAGUCCACCAAAUUACCAGGAAGUACUCGACGAAGGAAGAUAGGAUGGCGUCCUGCCUCCAGCUGGUGAAAUCCGAGCUCGAGCAGUUUAGAUCCUUCAUAGUUCUUCAGAUCGCAAGGGAGAAGAACUCGAUAGCUGAUGCUUUAGCCCACCUAACCUCUACAAUGGACCAAGAGAAAGCUGAUUCCAUACCAAUUAAAUUCCUCCCAAGACCAAACACCUCCGCUCCAUAA